AUGUGGCCAGCCAGGGAUUUCAUGUGGAAUAAGCUGACAGGCACAAUACCAAAGGAGAUUGGGAAUAUUGCAACACUAAAACUCUUGCUUCUGAAUGGAAAUAAUUUAUCCGGUAGCUUACCGGAUGAGCUCGGCAACCUUACAAAAUUAAACAGAUUCCAAGUCGACGAAAACCAAUUGUCGGGUCCAAUCCCAGUGUCAUUUGCCAACAUGACCAAUGUUAAACACCUCCACAUGAACAACAACUCAUUUAGUGGUCAACUUCCACCCGAACUUUCGAAGCUGCCUAAUCUUAUCCACCUGCUUGUGGACAACAACAACUUAUCUGGUUAUCUUCCACCAGAAUACUCCAUGCUCCAAGGGUUGCGAAUACUCCAACUUGAUAACAAUAAUUUCAGUGGGAAUGGAAUUCCUUCUACCUAUGCAAACUUAUCCAGGCUUGUAAAACUGAGUCUGAGAAACUGCAAUCUACAAGGAACUGUUCCUGAUUUCAGCCCAAUAGCAAAUCUUAGCUAUUUAGAUCUUAGCUGGAAUCAUCUUACAGGACACUUGCCAACAAAUAAACUUUCAGACAAUAUAUAG